AUGGGGACGAAGAUAAAGUCCAAAACACAACUGGUGAAAAACAAAGACAACGAAAAGAAAGCCGUUGCUAAUAGAACCAACAAAGAAGACGAUAGCGUUUUUGCUUCAUGUACCUUCUCUAGCCUCGGUCUUCAUCCAACCUUAUGUGACCAACUUCGUGAAAGGAUGGGUUUUGAAGGUCCAACAUUAGUGCAAGCUCAAGCCGUUCCUGUUGUUCUCUCUGGCCGUCACGCACUAGUUAAUGCUGCUACUGGCACGGGGAAGACUAUUGCAUACCUUGCUCCAAUUAUUCAUCAUUUACAGAGUUAUGAAAAGCGAAUUGAGCGCUCUGACGGAACAUUUGCGUUGGUGCUUGUACCAACGCGUGAGUUAUGUUUGCAGGUUCAUGAAAUUCUUCAGAAGUUAUUGCAUCGGUUUCAUUGGAUUGUUCCAGGAUAUAUUAUGGGUGGUGAGAGUAGAUCGAAGGAGAAAGCCAGGCUGCGCAAAGGCAUAUCAAUUCUUAUUGCAACUCCCGGGCGCCUUUUAGAUCACUUGAAGAAUACAACAUCAUUCUUGCACACAAAUUUGCGCUGGAUAAUUUUUGAUGAAGCUGAUCGUAUUUUGGAAUUAGGAUUUGGAAAAGAGAUACAAGAAAUACUAAAUCUUUUAGGUUCAAUGAAGACCGGGCAUGAGGACCAAGAGAAUCCAGUUACAAGACCCUCUAAAUUUCAAAGACAGAACUUGCUUUUGUCCGCAACCUUAAAUGAGAAAGUAAACCACCUUGCUAAAAUUAGCUUAGAGAAUCCGGUGAUGAUUGGCAUUGAUGAUAAAACAAUGGAACCGACCUCAAAAAUUAGAUUUGUCCAUUCCGACUCUGAUGAAGACAAUGAAGACAAGUAUUCUAAUAAAAUAGCAUCAGUUGGAGCUUAUAAAGUGCCUGAACAGUUGAUUCAGCGAUAUUUGAAGGUGCCUUGUGGAUCGCGGCUUGCUACACUUCUUUCAGUUCUAAAGCAUCUUUUUGAAAGGGAACCUUCACAGAAGGUUGUAGUAUUCUUUUCAACAUGUGAUGCAGUGGACUUUCACUAUUCGGUGCUAACCGGAUUCCUUUUCUCAUCACAUCCACAAACCGAAGAAGGGAAUAGACCAAUUUUUCUUGGAUGCAAAACUCUCCGGCUACAUGGUAAUAUGGAACAGGAGGAUAGGACGACCAGUUUUCAGGCCUUUAAAACUGACAAAUCUGCCCUUCUUUUGUCUACUGACGUUUCUGCCAGAGGCCUAGAUUUUCCAAAUGUUAGAUGCAUCAUACAAUAUGAUUCUCCAGGAGAAGCUACUGAAUAUGUGCAUAGAGUUGGAAGAACAGCUCGACUGGGCGAAAGAGGAGAGUCAUUGUUAUUUCUGCAACCUGCUGAAAUAGACUAUUUACAAGACUUGAAGAAACACGGAGUCUCGUUAACAGAGUAUCCUCUCCCCAAAGUGUUGGACAGUUUCCCAAUGUCUGGACACAAAAACAUGAAGAAUUCUGUUUUCAUUGACAUGCACCCCUGGAUCAUGUGUCUCCAGAAGGCGCUCGAGUCCUUCAUCUCGUCCAAGCCCCAUAUGGAUGAACUUGCCAAGAAGGCAUUUUGCUCUUGGGUUCGGGCAUACACAGCACAUCGCGGGGACCUGAAAAGAAUAUUUAUGGUCAAGAAACUUCACUUGGGGCACGUAGCAAAAAGCUUUGCAUUGAAACAAAUCCCCUCUUUAGUUGGAAAAUCAUUCCAAAACCAAGCUAAGAAAAGAAAAAGAUUUGAGAAGAAAAAUGGGCCGUCAAAUAAGAGAAAAGUUGCACGACGGGUGAAAUAA